AUGUCCAAGUCACAAGGAAAGAAAAAGGAGUCGUCUUCCAGCAAAAUGUCAAUAUCUGACCGACAGACGGAUGCAGCCUCCCUGGUCACCACUUCAUCCGAGAGCAUCCCAGAGGGAAGUUUGGGGAAGUUCAGGUUCCCCAUUUGGCCUGAGUGGAGUGAUGCAGAAGUCAACAAGGAGAAAUGGGAUUCGAGUAAAGGACCUGAAGAUAGGAAGACGAACAAGGGCCCCGGUUCUCCGUUUUUUGAGAAUCCAGAGGGAAGACUGUUGCUUCCUCCAGCUUUGCAGGUGUAUUCCUGGAAGCGCCCGAGCGACUUUAUUGGUGAAAAGGAUCUCACCGUUGUUGAGAACCAAAUGAACUUUGACCUGGUCUCCGCAAACAAUCAUUUGUUUUGUUGUGAGCUUAUGAGGUGGAUCAUCAGCGAGAUUCAUAUUGUUUGGAUGCUUCAUAAGAGCACAUCCACACAGCAAGAUAACUGGAAACCUUGGGAGCAUAUCUAUUCACUGUGUAAGGUGGUGAAAGGUCAUGUGCCACUAUACAACAACUAUGGAAAAUACUUGGUCAGACUGUACUGGAUGGGUUCUUGGAGAAGGAUAACUAUAGAUGAUUCAAUGCCGUUUGAUGAGACAAAUAAACUCCUCCUCCCUGCCUCUACUUGUCAGUCGGAGCUCUGGCCUAUGCUUUUGGCUAAAGCUCUGAUUAAAGUAGCCUGCACAAGUGGAGUGACGGAAAUAAGCAGGGAGAUGGGUGAGUUCACCUUCAUCCAAGCUCUAACUGGGUGGAUACCAGAAAUCCAUCCAAUAAAGUCGGUCUACUCAAGAAAAAUCUGGGAAUUUUUGCGGGACACGAUUCCUGAAUUUAAACACCAAGAUGAGAGUUCACAAGUGACAAAGCCUGGGAUUCCAGGUCCAACUGCAGAGUUGGAUUCCCCUAAAUGCUCCUCUGAAGUUGUGGUGUGUGCCAGCUUCUACCCUUUUGAGCUACAUAACAAUUCCUCAGCGUUUGGACAAAUGGCAAAUUGCUCGGAAUUUCUUCGUCGUUAUGGCUUAUCCUUACUGCACAGCCAUGUUGUCAUGCUGACGAAAAGUCGUGCAUGCCAGCUCGAGAUCCCUCCCAAUCCUCCACCCGUGCCUCAAUGGAAACUCAUCCGUCCACGAAAAAAGAUAGUCAUCUCUUCUGAACCUCAGAAGUUCCAUUUGCCAAAAUCAGAGCAGUUCAUUGAGGUUGUCAGUCCUUUUAUCUCCUAUCAUUUCAGCAGCAGGGGUGACUUCAUUCCAAGAAAAGAGGCUAAGCAGAUUGCUCCAAGGAAGCAUUCCCAUAGAACCCCUCUGAUGUCCAUUACUGAGAGAGAAGAGACUGAAUGUCAACAAAGCCUUGAGCCUGAUAUAGCUGGAUGCACUACUAACUCACCAAACAACAGGGACAAAAAUGAGGUUACAACAGAGGACAAGGAGAAGGACAAUGAUGACAUCUCCAACGAUAGGCCAAAAGCUGCCAUAAAACAGCCUGUAUCUGGGGGACCCUUUACUGCUGUCAGACCCGUCCUGAAGAGGACAUGGGUGGACCUUGUUGACUUUGCAGAAUCUUUUCAGACCCUCCUGAUCUGUCAUAAGCCACAAAUCUACCCACAUCAAAUUCAGAGAUCCCAAUUCAAGAGCACCAUUCUACCUAAAACUAUAGGAGGCUCUUCCACUCAGCUUACCUCUGCAUCCAUGGCUGUUGCAAGUCAAGAAUGUGCAGAGGUAACAGGUACUUACUUCCUGUAUGUGGACAGUCUGACAUCUUCACAAAUUCUCAUCAGCUUUUCUGCUCUCUGUUUCUGGAGAGGUACAGCUGAGGAGAAAAAGAACAUGGUUGGAGGACAUCGAUCUGCAGUGUUAAUCGUCCUGCCACACUCCUGGACAAGUCUGCAAUCUCAGCUGCCAGUUCUCACCAUCAAAGCCACCUACUCGAAGGCAGCUUUUCUUAACUUACCCUCAGGGCGUCAUGUGCUGUGCUUGCACACAAAUGCGCCACUGGGCUGCCAUGUGCAGCUGUGCAGCAAGACACCAUUCAUCUUCGGGGAUGAAGAAACCAUUAUGGCGCACCUCACAAAGGAAAGUGCUCGCUUCACUGAGCAGGCCUCAUCCAUAUUUAGGGCACUGUCCAUAGUGGUGUCUUCCUUUGGGGAUGAGCAAAAGCUGCCAGCACUCAGAAAGAUGCUGGAAGAGACUCACUGCCCCAAAAACAUCAACAGCACCAAGAAGAAAUGGGAACACCAAAAGGUGUUUAACUCGGCAGUUUACCUCAUGGUCCAUGAGACUUUAGGCAGAAAGCUGACAGCAGAAGAGUUGUUUGCUGUACAGGCCCUCACUGCUGACCCCUCACUCGUGGCCUUUCACCCAGAGGAAAACACUCUUACAGUAGAGACAGAUUCUAAACCACCAGAGAUCUGGCAAAAUAGACAGCCAACAGCCGAGGAGCUCCAGGCAGUCACCAUUCUGCAAGCUGCAUUCAGAGGACACUUGGUGCGAGACAUCCUUGAGGCCUCAAAACCAGGAACGAAGGAGAACCAUUGUGUAUCCAAGAUACUUUUGGAAAUUUGGUCGAAGAUUGAAUCAAAUGCCGACAAACAAGCCGCCAUCUUGCUACGCUACAUCAUCGAAAACUCUGAGAAGAAAGCAGAGCUCUACCCUUGCAUACAAGAUGAAUCAACCAGAAUCACUUUUACUGACUAUUCUGUAUCUCUGCAAGAGACAGCCAACGCCUGGGUUUUGGUCUUUAGAGAAGUUUUCAUUAUUCCUAAGGAGAUGUUGCUCGUACCGAAAGUCUACUUUCCAUUUCCAAAUAGUCUGCUGCAUGUCAUAGAUAAUGAUACAGGGAAAGAAAUGGACAAUCUCUGUAACAAAAUUGCACCCCGCAUCUAUCAACCAAAUAAGUUUGGUUAUACCUUUCUAGCAGAGGUUGUUACACCUGAAUCACUCCCAGCCGGAACAAAGUGGAGGAUGAGAUUGAUAGGCUCAAAGGAGCCACUUCCAAAACUACCCAAUAAUUGUCUGGCUAAUUCUUUCUCUGUGAAGGAAUUCCUGGAUUAUUACUUUCCUAAUGAUGACAACCUCAUAUGUCGUUUUUGUGUCAAUGUAACAGUGGGCAUCUUGGGGACAAUUCAGUUUCAAACCUCCAAGCCAGAUGUACUGAUACAUCUGUCCAUUCUGGACCAUGAGAAGGAAGUGGCUGGCAACACUGGGAUGGGCCAUGUAAUAAUUCCUGUGUUCUAUUUCAAUGCCAACAAAGAACCCAUUUCCGAAGAUGAAACCCCCACACAGGAUACUCCUCAGCAGAGACAUGGAGAAGAAAGCACAGUUGUAAAGCCAGGCUCCUCAUCUGACCACCACCAGCCUCUCACUAAGACUAUGGGUCAUAAGUAUGUGGUGCAAGCAAAAGUGCUCAGUAAGAGCUGGGAUUUGGAUGAAUCUCAGAUGGCUUUUGCUUUAAUGCUGAAAGACAUGGAGGAGAAGAAGAAGAUAGUGUAUAAAAGUGAAGAUAUGAAGCCUUCAUCCAUAAGUAACCCACCAAGCACUGAUGGGCACAAGUCCAACGCACCCAAAACCAACCGCAAAAGCGAAAAUGACAAGGAGAAGGGAAAGUCACAUCCCACCUCUAAAUCUGUCCCCAAGCAGGAAACGAGCCUUGACCUGACAAAAGCUAACUGGACGCUGCGCGUAGUCACUGAUGAGAGCAAAAAAGAUGCCAUUGAUGUGAAGAGGGACACAGAGAGAAUAGAACAGAUUAAAAGCAAUAAAAAGGCCUGGGAAAUGGUGGAGUCAGGACGCUCUGUUAAGGCUUUACAGUCUCGCAUUGAAUUCCUUGGCCACGGCCAAAAUAAAGAAAGUAACAGGCCGACAUCAGAAGAAAACAAGGACUCUGAUCUUUCCAGAUCUGUUCCAGAUACCUGUCUGAGUCAAUCCAAAGGAACAUUGAGUCAUCCCCAAACCUCCCUCUCUCGCUUAGACAACAGUCCCCUCAUUAGACGCCAAGAGGAUUUCCCAGAGCUAAUGGAUUCACAGAGAGAGGAGGUCAAGCAGAGACAGCGUUUUGAAAAGAUUCAGACCUACCGGUUGGUCCGUGAAAAUGUAGUGGAGCGCCAUAAACAGCAGGUGUUCAAGCAAAGGGAGCUAAUGAGGCUUCAGAUGGAGUUGAAUGACAAUGUACAGGCAAUGUACCAGCAUUGUGAGAAGUUAUUUGAUGCCUGUGAAGCAUUUAUUAGCCAUCAGAUGGCAGCCACGAAAAAGGAGCAGGAUGAAAAUCCCGUUCUGGAGGAGGCCCAGCCAGCAGAACAAGAAGGAACAGCCCCCACCUCUGCUUCCACUCAGCAGCCCAACAAACGUGCCAAGAGUGCUGGAAAAAAGAAAUGAUCGUCAUUAGACUUAGUUCAGCCCAGUAAGUCUGCUUGAACACUGAAGUGCCUUGAUUUAAUCACAGCAUAGGUCCCUGUUCUUUGUUAAAUAACACCAGACAAAACAAGUUUUCACAUUCAGACAUGCAGAUAUGUGAUAUUUUCCUUUUUGACUUAUUAGGAUUCUUAUUCACCAGCUACUCCAAACCGAAAUUGGCUUAAAGUGUUUCAUUUUCAUGUUACUCAGUUUGACAAACAUACUCAAUGAAUGUUUUUUUUCUGGCUUGUUUUUGUAAUGAAGCUUUGGUCUGUAGCUUUAAUUCAUUUCCUUGUUUUGUGAUUAUAUCAAAUUAAAAA